CCGUGCGUCCACACCCACGCGCCAUGACGCCACCAACACCUCCCCUCCCCCGGCCCACUGGUGCCUGCACAUAAAAAUGACUCUCGGUCUCUUCCUCCUCCUACGAGGCGCCACCGCACGGGACCAGCGCCAUUAGAGGCCACACAUCCAUCCAUUCCUUCUCCAACGCAGACAAGAGGAGGUAGCAGCAGAGGAGAGGGAGGCGCCAGCCCCUGCUGAUUGGAAUUGGAAAGAGACGUCAAUUUGAAGUUCAGGUAAGAGUCCUCAACUGACAAGGGCAGCAGAUCCAGCAGCUGGUCAAGAUGACCGCCGGUUUCCAGCUCGGUGUGGUUGGGUCUCUCACCCUCUCCGUCGCGUCGUCAGUUGCCAUUGUCAUCUGCAACAAAGCACUCAUCAGCACUCUAGGGUUUCCAUUCGCUACAACAUUGACAAGCUGGCAUCUCAUGGUGACAUUCUGCACCCUUCACGUUGCGCAGCGCUUGCGCUUUUUUGAGCCAAAGGCAAUUGAUGGACAGACAGUGGUUUUGUUCGGGUUGCUGAAUGGAACCUCAAUCGGCCUUCUCAAUCUUAGCUUAGGAUUCAAUUCCAUCGGAUUCUACCAGAUGACAAAGCUGGCCAUAAUACCCUUCACAGUGCUGUUGGAGACUAUAUUCCUGAAGAAAAGAUUCAGUGAGACUAUCCAGUUCUCCCUGCUGAUCUUGCUACUUGGAGUUGGCAUCGCUUCAGUCACUGACCUCAAGCUAAAUUUUCUUGGGUCUAUCCUUUCCGGCCUCGCCAUCGCCACGACUUGUGUUGGCCAAAUUCUCACAAACACAAUACAGAGGAAGCUGAAGGUCUCUUCGACGCAGCUCCUGUACCAAUCAGCGCCUUACCAGGCAGCCAUCCUGUUCGCGACCGGCCCCUUCGUGGAUCAGCUCCUCACCAGCCGCAGCGUCUUCACCCACAAAUACACUUUCCCAGUUGUGGGCUUCAUCGUGCUGUCGUGCCUGAUCGCGGUGUCGGUGAACUUCAGCACGUUCCUGGUGAUCGGGACGACGUCGCCGGUGACGUACCAGGUGCUGGGGCACCUCAAGACGUGCCUGGUGCUGUCGUUCGGGUACACGCUGCUGCGCGACCCCUUCACCGCGCGCAACAUCCUGGGCAUCCUGGUCGCCAUCUUCGGGAUGGCGCUCUACUCCUACUUCUCGGUGCGCGAGGGCAGGAAGAAGGCCGCGGGCGACGCCCUCCCGGUGUCACAGAUGCCGGACAAGGAGACGGAGCCGCUGCUGGCGUCGGCCAAGGACGGCGGCGACGCCAAGAAGGCCAACGGCGUAGCUCACGACUGCUAGAUGAUCCUCUCACUCGUCUGUUAUAGCUUAGCCCAGCUCUAGUGUCGCUACGCACACUGUUCUGAAUCUGAUGUCGGGAAGCAAAAAUUCCCUUCGUUUAUUUCUAUGAUAGAAAGUGGGGCGCGUUGUACUCGGGCACAAUUUGAUGCCACGGGGUUCUGAAAAUCGGUGGUUCCUCUCUUCAGGCCGCAUGGCUCAUCAGCAGAACGACGGUUUGUUCGGUUAA